GGAAAGUGACUUACCAUUUCACAGGUAAUAGGACUACCGAUACAAUACGAUAAAAAUACAGACUUAGUGCGUUUGCUAAUGCGAUGUUUUUGAACAGGUUUCUCCUAAAGCACCCAGAGCUGCUAAAGAAGUGUAUUACUUCCGUGAAGCGGAAAGGUUUUAAUCCUACGUCUUGCAGUUCUCUUUGCGGAAACCAUUUGCGACAAGAUGAUUACGUAGUGAGCCCUAGAACGUGGAAGAAACGUCUCAAACCCGAAGCAGUGCCAUCAGUUUUUGACUUUCCGACUCAUUUGAUGCCACCAAAUAAACAGCGACGAUGACAUGUUGUUAGGAUUUUGAGUGACAACGAAUGCUUCUCCAUUUGAGCGUUCUGUCAUAGAAUCUGUGCUCGAUUUGCCAGCUGCAGAACCUACUGAUUGCGUGGAGAAUGUUGUCAAUGAGAAUUCUUCCGUGGAAAGCAUGUCCCAAUUAUCCAAUGCAGAAGCUGCGAAUUGUGUCAAAAACAGUGCAGUUGGUUCUUCAGCAAUUGAUUGUGGUAUACAGUCGAAAGUAGAAAUGGAAGACAAGGCGACCGAAACUUGCAAUUUUUUCUCAGACAUUGUGCACGAAUUAAAACGUAAACUGAAGUGCGUCUGUGAAAAACUUCGAAGAAGAGAGAAGAAAGUAUGUUCCAUGGAUGACAUCAUAAGUUCAUUGAAGGAGAAUGGGCAUCUUCCUAAGAAGUUACAUAAUUUCCUCAAUCAUCAGAAAGGAACACAAGUGGAAUUAGUGUGCAAUUUAGUGAACAACUCUCUCUCGUCAAAGGGUAAUAGAUACACAACAAAUGUGAAAAUGUUUGUGAUGACUGUGUACUUUUAUUCACCAGCAGCAUGUGAUUACCUGCAAAAAUUAAUGCCUCUGCCCCAUAAAUCAUUGAUUUCCAAAUGGGUGGCAAGUGUAGACUGUGAACCUGGCUUCUUAAAAGAUUUUUUUAAGUACAUUGAUUUGAACCAAAUUGUAAGGGACCAGUUCAGCGAUUCAUGUCUAAUUGUAGACAGUAUGGCAAUUAGGAAGCAAGUAGUUUGGGACCGAGGAACUAAGCAAUACACAGUUUUUUUUUAGACUUUGGUGGGGAAGUUUCUCAGUCAAAAGAAGUAAUAGAGGCAUCUAAGGCUCUGACUUUCAUGCUUGGCUCUAUUAAAGGCAAAUUUAAAUGCCCGAUUGCAUAUUUCUUUAUCAACGGUGUACAGGCAAAUAAUCAGGCCACACUGAUAAAAUCUGCUUUGAGAGGCUGCAUAGUUCUGGCAUUAGGGUUUGGUGUGUUACAUGUGAUGGCUGCAAGGUAAAUAUAAGCACUUGGCUGUACUUUAAAUUUUUC